ACGCGGGGAGCCAGCCCCCCGCUGUCGACCUCGCGGCUGCGACAGCCGCAGCCGCAGCCAGCAUGGCAGAAGCUGAAGAAGAUGAUUGUCGCUCUGAUACCAAAAGAGCUGAAGAUGAUGAAAAUGCAAGUCCUACAGAUGCAAACCUGCAGGCACAACUUCAGAUGUUCCGAGCUCAAUGGAUGUUUGAACUUGCUCCUGGUGUAAGUUCCAGUGGUUUAGAAACUCGAUCAUCCAAGGGAACAAGAGGGCCUUUAGUGAAGGCCACAGAUACCAAAGGAAAGCAAGAGCAGGCAAAAGAAGAAAAGGCUAGAGAACUCUUCCUGAAAGCAGUAGAAGAAGAACAAAAUGGAGCUCUUUAUGAAGCCAUCAAGUUUUAUCGUAGGGCUAUGCAGCUUGUACCUGAUAUAGAGUUCAAGAUUACUUACAACCGAUCUCCAGAUGGUGAUGGUGUUGGAAGCAGCUACAUUGAGGAUAAUGAUGAUGAUAGCAAAAUGGCUGAUUUAUUGUCCUACUUCCAGCAGCAACUCACUUUUCAGGAAUCCUUGCUCAAACUUUGUCAGCCUGAGCUUGACACCACUCAGACUCACAUUUCAGUUUUGCCAAUGGAAGUCCUAAUGUAUAUUUUCCGAUGGGUGGUUUCUAGUGAUUUGGAUCUCCGGUCCUUAGAACAGUUGUCUCUGGUGUGCAGAGGAUUCUAUAUUUGUGCCAGGGACCCUGAAAUCUGGCGUUUAGCCUGCUUGAAAGUUUGGGGCAGAAGUUGUAUUAAACUUGUUCCUUACACCUCCUGGAGAGAGAUGUUUUUAGAACGGCCCCGUGUUCGGUUUGAUGGCGUUUAUAUCAGCAAAACAACAUAUAUACGUCAAGGUGAACAGUCACUUGAUGGUUUCUAUCGGGCUUGGCACCAAGUGGAAUAUUACAGAUAUAUGAGAUUCUUCCCUGAUGGCCAAGUCAUGGUGCUGACGACCCCUGAGGAGCCACAGUCCAUUGUUCCUCGUUUACGAACUAAGAAUAGCAGAACUGAUGCAAUCCUACUUGGUCAUUAUCGCUUGUCCCAGGACACUGACAAUCAAACCAAAGUAUUUGCUGUGAUAACUAAGAAAAAAGAAGAAAAACCAAUUGACUACAAAUAUAGGUAUUUUCGUCGAGUCCCUGUGCAAGAAACAGAUCAAAGUUUUCAUGUUGGUCUCCAGCUUUGUUCCAGUGGCCAUCAGAGAUUCAACAAGCUUGUUUGGAUACAUCAUUCCUGCCACAUAACUUACAAAUCAACUGGUGAGACUGCAGUUACAGCUUUUGAAAUCGACAAGAUGUAUACCCCCUUGUUCUUUGCCAGAGUGAAGAGUUUUACUGCUUUCUCAGAAAAACCUCUUUAAGAAUUUUACAUCUUUCCUCUUAUAACUCUUGCAUGGGUCUAAAGUGUAGAGCAAAAGAGCACUUAAGUUAUGAAUAUGUAUAUAUUUGGAACUUAUUUUAAAUUGUUGGGGUUUUUUGAGAAAAGUAUAAACUGAUAUUUUUAUUUUGGGAUAGUUUAUUUGGGAAAGUGUUUUGUUUUAAAAUUAAGAUUAUGAGUUGUCUUAAGCAUUUAUGUUGUCAGAAACAAUAUGAUCUGUUUUAAUCAUGUCAUUUUUCAAGCAGGUCUCUAAGCAAUUAUCUUGAAAUCAAAUCUUCAUCUGCCUGAUGACUAUAAUAUUUACAUGAGUCAGGAAUGGACUCUACUGAAAAAGAAUUUUGCUGUAUGUGCAACGUAUAGUUAUAUGUUUUCUGAAGGCUUAAAAUGCAAAAAACAAAACCUUGUUCUACAUUUGUUUGAAACGGA